CUGUGGUCGCCUCAAACUUUUUUGACUCCGAAGUCGCACCACCGUAGCGUCGAAUCCAAUCGAUUUUCCGAUGGGUAACUGCAGCGGCGGAAGCGGCGGAGGCGGAAAUGAUUUCCAGUCCUCGUCGUCUGCGCCGAACCAAAACGGCCGGAAGGAUGGGAAGAUAACCGUACUCCCGGCGGCGGCGCCGCCUCCGCCUCGGCGGCCUGUUCUCACCGGCGCCGGUCGGAUCCUCGGCCGGCCGAUGUCCGACGUGCACGCGGCGUACAUUUUCGGUCGGGAGCUCGGCCGGGGGCAGUUCGGCGUGACGCAUCUGGUGACUCACCGCGAGACGCGCCAGAGCUUCGCGUGCAAGUCAAUCGCCACGAGGAAGCUCCUGAAUCCCGACGACGUCGCCGACGUCCGCCGCGAGGUUCAGAUUAUGCACCACCUGACCGGCCACCGGAAUAUCGUGGAGCUGAAGGAGGUGUUCGAGGACCGCCACAACGUCCAUCUGGUUAUGGAGCUUUGCGCCGGCGGCGAGCUCUUCGACCGCAUCAUAACGAAGGGGCACUACUCGGAGCGCGCGGCGGCGGCGAUUUUCCGGCAGAUCGUUACGGUGGUGCACGCCUGCCAUUCCAUGGGGGUUAUGCACCGCGAUUUGAAGCCGGAGAAUUUUCUGCUGUUGAGCGCCGACGACAACUCGCCGCUCAAGGCUACGGAUUUCGGACUAUCCGUUUUCUUCAAACCGGGAGAGGUAUUUAAGGACCUCGUUGGCAGCGCGUACUAUGUUGCUCCCGAAGUUCUUCGCCGGAGUUACAGCGCCGAGGCUGAUAUUUGGAGCGCCGGAGUCAUACUUUACAUUUUGCUCAGUGGCGUUCCCCCUUUUUGGGGCGGUAAGUAUUCGAUGUUGUCUUUGUGGUCACUGCUCGAUUUGGACAGUGUUCUAACUAUCUUUGAAUGUCCAGAGAAUGAGCAGGGGAUAUUCGAUGCUAUUUUGCGGGGGCAUCUCGAUUUUGUAUCGGACCCUUGGCCAUCGAUUUCGGGCAGCGCCAAGGAUCUGGUGAAAAAGAUGCUUCAAGCUGACCCUAAGGACCGGCUCACUGCAGCCGAAGUGCUGAACCAUCCGUGGAUGAGAGAAGACGGGGAUGCAUCCGAUAAGCCUCUGGAUAUUGCGGUCUUGAGUAGAAUGAAGCAGUUCCGUGCGAUGAACAAACUAAAGAAAGUUGCUCUUAAGGUGAUUGCGGAGAAUCUCUCCGAAGAAGAAAUCAUAGGCUUGAAGGAGAUGUUCAAAUCAAUGGAUACAGACAACAGCGGAACGAUUACAUUUGAAGAGUUAAAGGCUGGCCUGCCCAAGCUCGGCACGAAGCUGUCUGAAUCCGAAGUUAGACAGCUCAUGGAAGCGGCGGACGUGGACGGGAACGGGACGAUCGACUAUAUCGAAUUCAUAACAGCUACGAUGCACAUGAACCGUGUGGAGCGGGAAGACCAUUUGUACAAAGCUUUUGAAUAUUUCGACAAGGAUAAGAGCGGGUACAUCACCAUGGAAGAACUCGAGCACGCCCUCAAAGAAUACAACAUGGGCGAUGCUAACACGAUCAAGGAAAUCCUCGCGGAAGUUGACACCGACAAUGAUGGGAAGAUAAAUUACGAGGAGUUUGUCGCAAUGAUGAGGAAAGGAAAUCCGGACAUGGCGACAACGAGACGACGAAAAUAGAAUCACGAAUGGUAUGCAACGCAAUCGAACCUUUGAAAAUUGAUAUGUUUCAUAACAAGUAAUUUCUUGUUCGUGUUUAUAUUCUUGUUAUCGGCGUAUUUACACAUAAGCGAGUUUCGAAAUAUUCAUCAUA